AUGGCUAAAUUACUAAGUAUUUUGCCUAUUAUCACUCCCCCUGGUUCUAGACGCCGUGGUAGAGGCCGGGGGAGGGCACCUACACGAGGUAGGGGAUUAGGGCACCCCAGAGCUAUCCCAGUCACACCACCAGCAAAUCCCGUUAUGGACCCGAUUAUUGAGGAGCAGGACGAGAUACCUGCAGCUGAGCAAGCCCCGGUUGAUUUUAUGACAGCACCGGGCUUUCAGGAGGUUAUGGGCGGUAGGAAGGGAGCACAGACCCCUACUACUCAGGCCCCAGGCCAUGCCGCUACCUUAUAUCAGACUCCGAGUGCACUACCCGCGGAUAGGGCUCAGCCAGUUGCCGCUCAGGCACCCCAACCCAUGCCAGCUAUGGACGGUGAUCCGCAGAAGCUAUUAGAUAGAUGGACUAGACUUCGCCCUCCAGUCUUCGGGGUUGAGCGCCAUAAGGAUGCUCAGGAUUUUAUUGAGAGGUGCAGAGGCAGACUGCACAAUAUGAGGAUACUAGAGACGCAAAGGGUUGACUUAACCACUUUCCAGUUAGAGGGCAGGGCCCGCAGAUGGUGGAAGUCUUAUGCUCUCAGCAGGCCAGCAGGGUUGCAGCCUGGUAUCAGGAACAACAUGGCUCGAGAGGUGGAGAUGGGCACAAAGUAUCAGUUAGUGGUUGAGAUUGCUCGUCGUAUUGAGGGGUACCGCCAAAGGGGCAGAGAGCAGCCUCCUGCCCGAGGAGCUCCAGCUCGUCCCUAUUUUAGGGCUAUGCUAGAGAGUUCUUAUCGCCCGCCAGCUAUUCAGGGUUCAUCCAGCGAGUAUUCAGGGUCAGUCUUCAGGGCAGCGGCUGUCGGGCCACGUUGCUAUGAGUGUAGAGAUCCUAGUCACCUGAGGAGGACUUGUCCCAGGCUUCGGGGCAAGGUAGUUCAGCAGAGGCAACAGUCUACAGCUCCAUCGCCAGCGGCCCAAACACCUAGAGGUGGAGGGCAGAUAGGUAGAGGUGGUCCCAGAGGUGGGGGCCAGGCAGGGAGAGGCCAUCUAGCUACUUCUCAGACAGGUGGAGCCCAGUCAGCCGGUACCUCAGCCAGAUUCUAUGCUCUUCAGGCCUGGCAAGAUGUAUUGGCCUCAGAUGCCAUCAUCACAGGUACUAUUUCAGUCAGCGGUAGGGGUGCUUCGGUACUGUUUGACUCAGGAUCUACUUAUUCUUAUGUUUCCUCUCUAUUUGCUCAUUUUCUGGUUGUUUCACCUGAGCCCUUGGGUGUUCUUAUUUAUGUGUCCACUCCUGUUGGUGAUUGUGUAGUUGUGAAUCGGGUCUACCGGUCUUGUGUGGUUACCUUCUGUGGUCGCGAUACUAGAGCAGAUCUUUUAUUACUUGAUAUGAUCGAUUAUGAGGUUAUCUUGGGCAUGUAUUGGUUAUCUCCCCAUCACGCCGUCCUUGAUUGUCAUGCCAAGUCUGUUUCUCUGGCGAUGCCAAGAUUGCCUUGGUUUGAGUGGAAGGGCUCUACAGUUGAUACGCCGAGCAGGGCUCCAGGAACUCAGCCUAUAUAUAUUCCCCCGUACCGUAUGGCUCCUAAGGAGCGGAAGGAGUUGAAGGAGCAGUUAAAUGAGUUAUCGGCCAAGGGUUUUGUCAGGCCUAGUAUAUCGCCAUGGGGUGCACCAGUGUUGUUUCUGGGUAUUCGGGAUUCAAAUGUCUUGAAGACCGCAUUCAGGACUAGAUACGGCCACUAUAAGUUUUUUGUGAUGUCCUUUGGGUUGACGAAUGCUCCAGUGGCAUUUAUGGACUUGAUGAACAAGGUAUUCAGGCCUUCUAUGGAUUUUUUUAUCAUGGUCUCCAUUGAUGACAUAUUUAUAUACUCGCGUAGCCAGGGAGAGCACGAGCAGCAUUUGAGAGUAGUGCUUCAGACCUUGUGGGAGCAGAGGCUAUAUGCUAAGUUCUCCAAAUGCGAGUUCUGGCUUGAGUCGAGAUUUUCAUCUAUUGCUUCACCCUUGACUAGACUAACUCAGAAGGGUGUUCCAUUCCAUUCGUCCGAUGAGUGCGAGGAGAUCUUCCAGAAGCUCAAAACGACUUUAACUACUGCACAGGUUCUUGUGUUGCCUUCCAGAUCAGGGAUGUAUACUGUACAUUGCGAUGCUUCUCGCAUUGGCUUGGGAUGUAUUAAGGCUCGGCAGUUCGAUGAUCCGCAUCUUACAGCCCUUAGGGAGACAAUACUUCAGGGAGGAGCCAAAGAGGUCGCUAUUGGCGAGGAUGGUAUGUUACGGCUUCAGGGCCAUGUGUGUGUUCCUGACGUGGAUUGCUUGAGAAGGAGGAUUCUAGAGGAGGCCCACAGUUCGAGAUGUGGUGACCGCAUAAGCGGCCACUUGGUCACAGAAGCGGAAAGACCAAGGGGGCAGGGACCGCAUAAGCGGCCCUGGGACCGCAGAAGCGGUCCUCGCUUAAGCGACCCAUGGACCGCAGAAGCGGCCCAGCCUAGUUCUCCCCCAGACCACAAAAGCAGCCAUCCUUCUGCCUUUGCGGGACCCUGGUGCUCGUUCGACUUCGAAUUAGGGUUGAAGCCUAGUCUUGUCGAUGAAGGAAACGCUUCGGAGCGAGGAUCUGAGAUUCAGACAGUAGAAUAG